CGAGCGUCGCGGGGAGCGGGCGAGGGGCAGGGCGGCCACUAGGGUGCGCUGCGAGACCGGGAAUCCCCACCGGGGCACUCCACCCCCGGCCGCCGCGCCGCCGCGCCGCCCGGAGCCGCGCGCAAGCCGGGCCCUCGCCCCCCUCGAACUCGAAUUUACAGGGGUUUUUUUUCUUUCUUUCUUUCCCCCUCUCCUGUGACAUUUACUCCAAAUCGUAAAAUGAAGUGUAAGCCGAGCUUUGCCGCAGGCGGCUGUCGGUCUCUGCUUUCAGACUCGAGGUCCCGGCAUGGGAUGCGCUGCCCGCGGCGGUGCUAACCCCGGGGGACCGGGUGGGGCCCCCAGCGCCGCGCCGCGCCGCGGGCCUGGCCUCUCCCUCGACCGAGGCCGAGGAGCGCGCGAGGCCCACGUCCGGCCCCGCCCGGGACGCGGGUGCGCUCGGAACGCGGCGGGCGGCUGCCCCGCCGCCGGUUCAAGUGCAUCGCCGGGCUUGGAGUCCGCGGCGCUGGGAGCGAGUUCCCCUCGCAGCCCCGUCUCCGGAGUCCAGCGUGGCCCGCCGCUCCUGAGAGCCCUCUUCCCGACCCUCCUGGUUGCGCUGGGCCGCCGGCCUACAGCAGGGACCCGGCCCCGGGCCCACGGCCGCAGGCUCCCCAAGUCCAACGUGGAGGCUCCGCCUGGAAAAGAAGUCCGACUUCCUCUCCACGCUGCUCCGAGGGGAAUCUGGACUCAGCAGGAAAUUGCUCGAGCGCCCAGCCUGCGCCUUUGCAAUCAGCCCUCGCUCUGCUGAAGAGAAGCAGCUCCCACCAAAGUCUUGCCUCCCCCUCCCCCCGAAAGCCCCGCGCAGGUUUGUAAGGAGGGUACGAGAUCUGCAAAGUAUUUGUCUUCGAGGGAGAAAGAUGUCGGUGACGGUGCCCAAUGAAAGACGGGUGUUUUUUAGCUAGAGAUAACCAACGGGCCACGUCUUGUUUUGCAGUCCAAAAUGAUGCAAACGCUGCCAUCUAAGGAGUCAGUGUCAGGAGUGUAUUAAUUAUGUUAGUGAAAUAGGAAAUAAAUGGGCAGUGACAUAUUUCGUGGCAUCAAUUUUCCUCAGGGAUGUCUAAGGUUUUAAGCUUCAUUUAAGAAUGAGCUACAUUCUGCCAGGAAGUAAAUAUUUUUCAGUAACCCCUUGCUAAAGCCCAGAAGAGGUAAGUUAAAGUUACCACCUAAGCUGCUUUAGUUUGCUGUCGAGGCUUGUGCGGGUUACUUGGAGGAGGAUGCCUUGUAUUUUUAAUUUUCCAGAUGGCAAGAGCAUUUGAUUUUUAUGUGGCCAGGUAAUGUCCAAGGCAAAUGGAGGACCCGAGGGUCUUUUGAUAAGCAACAUUCGCUUGACACUUCUAGCCUAAAAUAGCUAUAAUUAACUUAUAGUGGGAAUUAUAGCCCCAUGUUUUACAUUUGAUUGUCAUAAGUUAUAUGGAAAAAGUGUUCUUUAACAGUUUUUUAAACAGCCCUGUUUAUUGUCAUUUGCAAAGUAUUGAAUUUGAAAUAGCCUGGUCUGGAGCAUGGAGUUAAAAAGCAAAACAAUUUAAAUAUGAUUUGACAUUUGCUAUGAAAGACUUUGAGAACUAAUAAAAACAGAAUUAAAAAGAAUGGGUAUAAGUAAUAAAAUUUCUUUUUGACUCAACCGUGGCUGCCUCGGGGAAGGGACAGAUGACAUGGCGGUGACUUUGAGCCAUUCCCUGCAGAGGGCAAUUGUGAAUGUGGUUGGUCAGUGCUCCUUUGAAAAAUGAAGGGCAAGUAGGCUUAAGGAGCAAAUAUAGAAACAAAUAUUUUACUACAUAGGAUUUUCUUAAGAGUUCAGACGGAAAGUUUUGUAUUUAAAAUUUCAUGAUUUCUUCGUUGAUUUAUGAAAUUCAAAAGGAAACUUUAUACUUAUAUUAUUUUGUUCUGGGAUCACAUUUCAUAUUGAAGUUCAUCUGUCCUUCAGAAAAAAUAUUUUCAUAAAAAUAUUUUCAUCAGGAUUAGUAUUUUUAACUCUCUUCAGGUAGAUGUAUGAUCGCUGUCAGUAAUUUUUUAAAAAACGUUAACCAAGGUUAGCGCAACCCUAUUCAAGGAGUUUGGUUUAUUCCAAAACUAUAAAUGUAAUCUAGAUAAAAUUGUAAUAUCAAAGGUUUUUGUAAAGAAAUUUGGGAAUGAAUACAUUUUAAAUGAAUACUAAAACAUGUUUUAAAAGAGUUCUCCCACUAUUCCCCCCUUCCAAAGAAAAAUCAGUUUUCCAUUCUAUAGAAAUAUUAUAAUCAGGUAUAAGAAAAUUAUUACUAUAAUAACAGUUCUGUCAAGAUGGUGGAUACUUUUGAAUGUAUUACGAAGAAAAAAGAAUAUUCCUGGUUCUUUAUAUGUUUGAGGUACUUGAAAUGGCUAGAAGUUUGUAAAAACAUUUUACUACCAAAAUAUACAAGACCAUUAAAAUGUGCAAGUAAUUAAAUUUUAAGUGACUAAGAAGUAUUUUUUCCAACUGCUUUUUAAUCUUUGAAAUUUUUAUGUGUACUUCAAUGAGUGCCUCUCUUUUAAC